AUGGCCGAAACCGCCACGGCCGAGGCAACCUACUACUCACACACGCUCAUCCGCCGCUCGCCCUUGCCGUUCAUGCCCCCCUCGGACCGCGACCCACGCCUCGCGCCCAUCACCGCCAAGCUCCUUACAUUACCGCCUGAGAUCCGCCAACUGAUCUAUCACUAUGCCUUUCACGGCAACCGCGUUGCCGUCACCUGCCGCUCGGGCUGCUACUGUCCCAGCAACAAAACUGGUCGGUAUCGCGCGGAACACCACUGGGUGCUGGAGCUGAGUAAGGCAGGUGGGAAGGACGCGGCAGUGUUGAAGCCCGUCCGUCAGGACGCACAGCGCGGCUUUGUGGCCGAGGCGCUGUGGGAGGUGCAUUGCUUGAGCGCGUGGCAGCUGUUUGAGGCGCGCAUGCGCCAGUUGAUGGCGACGGCUUCGGUGAAGCACGUGCAGGUGACUGUGUUUGAGACGAGUCGCGAGGGUUGGGUGGUGGGCACGGGAGCGUUCCAGAGGUUGAGGAGCGUGACUUUCUGUCCGUGGCAGAAGGGGUGGACGUGUGAUGUGCGUGCGCAGCUGGGGUCUCCGGAGCUGGGGGAUGUGGCUAUGAUGCCGCGGGUGAGGAAUGUGUUGGAGACGAAGUCCGGCUAUGACUGGGUGUGGAAGAUGGUGUCUAUCGGACCAGAAGGGCGGGGUGGGUGGAAGGUCUACUUCUUGCUCCCGGUAAGGUAUCUCGUUGCCACUUCCAACGACAGAACGGCGUAG